ACCGUUAGGAGGAGGUGAAAUCUGUGACUCGUGGGGCCCCGUUUCAGCUCGUUCGGCAACCUGAUUGACAAACAUCACCAACGCCCAAAAAGCUGAGAGUAGGAAAUGAACAGAGCCGUGAGACGAUCCGCUUUCUGUGCUCGCUGAGAAAAGAGGUCCCUGCUCCGCGCCGCCUCAUAGCGCAGUCUCCCCCGCCCCGCACUGCACAACUCGCGUACCUUCUAUCUGGAUUUGGGAACGUCCUUUCUCAUACCUUUGGACGGGGUUGCUUAUUUCACCUCGUUAAUUUAUUCCUAGUCCCCCUCUCCACUUAAACCUCUACGAGAAAAUGGCAAGUGAAAUCGACAAGGAAGCGUGCAGGGAAGCGUACAACCUCGUCAGAGACGACAACACAGAUACAAACUGGGUUUCCUUUAAGUAUGACGGGACCAAGAUUGUACUUGGGGGACAGGGGACCGAGUAUGAAGACUUUAAGAAACAGUGUACAGAUGACGCGCGCAUCUUCGCGUUUGUGCGGCUCAUGACGGGCGAUGCCAUGAGCAAGCGGGCCAAGUUCACGCUCAUCACCUGGAUCGGGGAGAACGUGGGCGGCCUGCAGCGGGCCAAGGUCAGCACUGACAAAACGCUGGUGAAGGACAUCGUACAGAACUUUGCGAAGGAGUUUACGAUCAGCGACGCUCGGGACCUGGAGGAGGACUACAUCCGCGAGGAGCUGAAGAAGGCGGGCGGGGCCAACUAUGAUGCCCAGACUGAGUGACAGACUCAACCCACACCACCCCCAUCACACUCACGCACACACAAACAUAGACAUGGGGGGACACGCCCACAAGCAGAUAUGGGGAGGUAUGGUAACAAGACACACUGACACACAGGCACACACACACACAUUCACACAUUCACACACACAUGCCCACACAGAGAUAUGGGGGGAUAUGGCCACAAGACAUACUGACACACACGCACACACACUCACACACACACAAACACACCUCCCCUGUUCAGGCUAAUAGCUGCUGCAAUUCAUCUCACACUCCCGCCAUCCUCUUGGCUGCAUUUUGUUCUGAUCUGGGGCAGGAUUCUUGCAAUAUAACCGGUAACAAGACCACUUACGUGCCAAUGCUAUUUGUGGUUGUGUUGUGGUUGUCACACAGAAAUUACAUCAUCUCCUCAGCCCCACCUGCGCUGCUCCAUACAGCAGUUUUCUCAGUGUUAACUGCCUUACUCUAUUUGUCAGCUGUACUGUGAUUGGCUAUCUUCAGCGUAGGGGGUCGGACUCAGAAUUGAGCCAAAUCUACAGCCAUUGAAAAUUAUUUUACCCACGCAUACAGCAGCCAUGGGCGGGGCAGUCACAGUGUCACUUACUCCUUAAUUUGGACAGAACACGCCCCCCAAAAGGAAUGUUUUUUUUUUUUUUAAAUACAUUUCCCUCCAAGAGUUUAACCUAGAUUUAUUUUUAUUGAAAAAAGGAAAUCUAGGAACUAGGAAGAGAGUACUGUAACCAUCUUUUAUUACAGAUCGGUCAUUUCAGAAUAAAAGUUUUUUUUUCAA